AUGCUUUUACGAAGCGCGUCGACGCCACUUCUCAACUCGUUAGUCCAUGUCUCGAGUCCAAGAGAAUCUCCAAUCGAACUCGAAUGUGUUCAUCAGAUUCAACGGCCCAGAUCUCUUAUGCUCUCGGCGUCUUCCUCUUGCUGUUACAGCCCGAUGUCUGUACACUCUAGCAGUGACGAAUCUACGAGGAGAAUGAAAAGGACGGCGUCAGAGAGCGAUCUACGGCACCUGACAUCGACGAAGCCGUCGAGUAAGUUUAUGAGCGGUUCUCUGAUGGAGGACGUGGAAGAAGGAAUCGGAUUCGGCCUUAUACGCACGUCGUCUUAUGAUGGUGAUUUAGGAUUAAGCUGGGCUGUGAAGGAUGAUACCGAGGUUGAUGGCGGUGGUGGUGGGAUAAUCCACGGCGGAGGAAAGGGAAGGAGUGGCGGCAGAUCCGAUGGUGGUGAUGGAGACGGAGAUCAGGAUACCACAGACGUUCACUAUCGCAAAAUGAUUGACGCAAAUCCUGGAAAUGGGAUUUUUCUCAGCAAUUACGCCAAAUUCCUGAAGGAGGUUCGAAAAGAUUACUUGAAAGCAGAGGAGUAUUGCGGGAGAGCGAUUCUGACGAAUCCUAACGAUGGGAAUGUUCUUGCUAUGUACGCGGAAUUGGUGUGGACAAUCCAUAAGGACUCAUUUCGUGCUGAGACUUACUUCAAUCAAGCUGUAGCAGCUUCUCCUGAUGAUUGUUAUGUACAAGCUUCGUAUGCGCGAUUUCUUUGGGAUGCUGAGGAAGAGGAAGAGGAGGAGGAAGAGAGACAUGAAGAAUUCGAGCCUCAGACUUCUCGAAUGAAUUUCUUCACCGGACCUUCUGCAAUUACGGCCAUGUCUUAA